UGCAAAUUAUUAAGUCAUGCCUUUCACUCCUACUGUGGACAGUUUUCCAAUGCCCCAGUCCAAGGUUUGGGCUCCAAUGCAACAAACUUCAUUAGUUGCACCUGUAACACCACAUGUGGUUUCUGCUUCUCAGUGUUUCAACCCACUCGCUACUCGUAAAACAUUCCAUCAACCUUCAGAACCACUUAUCACUGUAUUCGUUGGAAACAUUUCUGAAGAAGUUCCUCGCCAUACGAUACAAUACAUUUUGACAACUUUUGGAAAUAUUGCUUCUUGGAAGAGUGUAAAAGGAUUUGGUUUUUGUGAAUAUUAUCAAUUUGAAGAUGCCUUACUUGCUAUCAAAGUUUUACAUGAUAUGGAGGUAGGCGGUAAAAAACUUGUGGUGAAAGUAGACACAAAAACACAAAAAAAAUUAGACCAGUUUGAAGUGGAAAAAAAAGGUACUGAUGAUUCUGAAGGAAAUCAAAAAUUGGAAGUACAUUGCAGAGAAAGAAUAAACUGUAUAAUUAAAAAACACAAUGAUAAAAUGAUCAGAAAAGAAAAAGAAAAUGAAAACAAAGCAAGAAUUAUUGAUGGUGUGGGAUUUAAUACCGUGCAAAUUGAAGAUGAAAAAAAAAAAUUAAUUUUUGAAGAAAUAGACAAGUUUCGAGAAGACAAGAAAAACAAAGAAGAAAAUGAAAUUGAAAGAAAAAAGAUCCAAGAAAAACUAAAUGGAAAACAUACAUUUCCAGGUAAUCCAGAUUCUGAAGAAAAUAGAAUUAUACGAAGCAGAGAAGAACGAGAUAAAAGAUAUAAAGAAAAAGAAAAAACAAGAGACAAAAGGGAUGAGAGUGGCAGGGAGAAGAAUGAAAGAACAGACAAAGAAAGAGAAAAAAGAAUGAUCAAGGAAAACCGUGAAGAAAAAAUACCAGAAAAAAGCAGAAGCUAUUUCGAUAUAACUAAAUUACAAGAAAAAGAAAUGGAAGAGUUGGAGUUAAAAAAAAAUGAUGAUAGGCUAAGAGAGAAAGAACUAGCAUAUCAAAAGAAACUUAAUAAAUGGUUAAACAGAGAAAAACAAAAGAAAAAAGAAUUAUCCAAACAACGUGCUAAUAAACAAAUGAUAGAAGAAGAAAGAGAAAAAAAUGCUAAACAGCUUAAAGAGUUUUUGGAAAAUUAUGAUGAUAAAAACGAUGACCAGAAGUAUUAUAGAGGAAAAAAUUGGCAAAAACGAAUCAAACUGCGUGAAAAAGAAAAAGAAGAAGAUGAAAGAGAUCGACAAAAAGAGAAAGAUGAACAAGUAAUCAUCCCAAAAAAGGUACAUAGUAACAUUAAAUUACAAUUUUCUGAAGUAUUAGAAGCCAGAGAAGAAAAUAUGCACAAGUCCAAAUUAUUGAUGGAUGUAGCAGAAAACCAAAAAAACACAUUAAAAUGCUAUAAAAUGGACAUUGAAAAUCAGAAAAACAUGGAAGUUGAGCAGGAAUGUCAGAAGCAUGUUGUGGAGAAAGCGCUAACACCCAGUCCGCAGCAGCCAGCUACAUCAUCUAAUGUUCAUUCUCGAACACCUCCACCUGAAUUUGCACUCAUUUCUCAACCUACCCAAUCGAUCACUUUGAUGAUUCAAAAAAAUAUGAAUAUCAAAGACGUAUUUAAGAAUGAUGACGAAGAAUCGCCAACGUCAAAAAAAAGAAAAUUGAAUCAUAUCGACUAUUGCAACAAGAUAAAAGAAAAAGAACAUAAAUCAGUCGAGGAAAAGAAAAAAAGUAUCAGUCAGUUAAUUGAUCUCAUUCCCACUGAUGAGUUAUUCUCAUUUCAUCUUGAUUGGACAGUAGUUGACUUCCAAAUGAUAAAAAAACGCAUUUGGCCGUGGAUAAAUAAAAAAAUCAUUGAAUACAUCGGAGAGCCAGAAACAACACUGGUAGAUUUUAUAUGUUCAAAAGUGGAAGCCGGUAGUAGUCCUCAGGCUAUAAUCGAUGAUGUUCAGAUGGUACUUGAUGAUGAGGCUGAAGUGUUUGUUAUAAAAAUAUGGAAACUUCUAGUAUAUGAGGUUGAAAAACAAAAACUUUAGACAGGUUGAACUAGAAGAAAAUGUCUAGGAAAAUGGUCACAAAGACCAUGAAUUCCAUGAACAAUAAAUAA